CUACAAUUGUGUUUGUUUGUAAUUUUUGUAAAAAAUAAACAAAAACACUAAACUGUCAAAAUGAAUGGAGACAGCUCAGACUUAUUAAAUUCCAUAUUUCUUGGAGAGGUCGCAAGUGUCCAGAACUAUGGAGCAUUCAUUUCUAUUCCAGGAAGCAAAAAUCAAGGAUUGGUUCAUAAGAGUCAGGUUUCAAAAGGUGUUGUCGAUGAUGCAACCGAAGUACUUCAGAAGGGAGAAAGAGUCUGGUGUAAAGUUAUCAAAAUAUUGGAGGAUGGAAAGAUUGCCUUAUCCAUGAAGGUUGUUGAUCAAGGAAGUGGUCGAGAUUUGGAUCCUAAUGGAGUUCAAUUCCACCAGGAUGAACAAAGGCGCAAGAGCAUGCCAGCUGGCGGUGGACGAAGGGCCAUUACCUUAGAGGCAGUUCUCAAAACAACAUGCACAAAAUGUGGAGUCAACGGUCACUUGUCCAAAGACUGUUUCCAAAGUCCUACUGGGAAGGUGUACGAGCUAAUACCAGAAGAUGAACCCACUGUACCUACAGUUGAUAACCUGCCUCCAGACAAAGAAAAACUUAAGAAAGCACCAAAGAGGAAAAAAGAGAAGAAACACAAAAAAGAAAAGAAGAAAAAGAGGAAAAAAGAAAGACACGCUACCUCUUCAGAAUCUGAGGAUGAUAGUGAUUCAAGUGGUAGAAGAGAUAGAAAAAAACACAAGAAAAGAGACCGUUCACGAUCAAGGUCACCAAAGAAGAGAAAAAAGUAGAUUGUAACUGGUAAAUAGCUUAACACAAUAAAAUAUCACUG